UCCUUCUGUUCUUCGUUGUUGUUGAAUGAGUUUAGAGCUCAGAGUCAGGUCGCAGAACAUAAGAAAGCUUCUCGGGAAAGACGGAAGGGGAAAGUGAGAAGAAAGAGAGUCUGUCUGAGGUUCUAUGCUUGAGAAGUUGAGAUGGUGAUUGCCUAGCUUUGAUGCGCACUUCUUGAUAGCUACUACCGGAAAAUCUUGAAGAGAGAUGAGGAAGCACCGGUUUAGAGAAUCUAUGAAAUCCUUCUUCGGGAGUCAUGUUGAUCCAGAAAAGGAUGAACAACUUAAAGGAAGUAAAAUUGAUAUUGAGGAAAAGGUGGGAAAGAUUUUAAAGCUUAUAAAAAAGGAAGAACCUGAAGUUAGUGAUGGGAUCUCAACAACAAACGCCAAAACAGAACCUCUAGUCGAGCUAAUUGAGGAUUUCCACAAACACUACCAGAAUCUCUAUGCACAAUACGAUCAUCUGACAGGAGAGCUAAGGAAAAAGAUUCAUGGCAAGAAAGAAAAAGACUCUUCUUCCUCGUCCAGCUCUGACUCAGACUCUGAUCAUUCUUCGAAGGGACAAGACAAUAAGAAUGGACAAUUGGAAAGUGAAUUUCAGAAAACAACAGAUGGCAUCAAGCAAGAACUUGAAACAGCAAAUCAGGAGAUUGCUGAGCUUAAGGGGAAGUUGAUAGCCACAAACGAAGAAAAAGAUGCUUUGAAUUCAGAAUAUCUAACAGCUGUCAGCAAGAGCCAAGAAGCAGAGGAAGUGAUCAGAAAUCUGAAGCUUGAGGCUGAAAGUUUAGAAACUGAAAACUCAAAACUUCUGGUUGAGAAUGGAGAACUGAAGCCCAAGCUGGAUGCUGCUGAUAAGAUUGAAGCCGAAGCAAACCAAAGAUUAGAAGCUAUGAGCAAAGAAAAGGAUAACCUAAUCAUUGAGAGAGAGACUGCUGUUAGAAGAGUUGAAGAAGGGGAGAGGAUCAUAGAAGAUCUAAGAAGCAUGGUUGAUCGGCUGAGAGAGGAAAAUGUAAAUCUUACACAAGAACUGGAAACUGUAAGAGGGGAAGCUGCCGAUAUGAAGCAGCAGCUGGAAUCUGCAGAACAUCAGGUUUCAGAUUUAAGCAGGAGUCUGAAUGCUAACAAGGAAGAGAAUGAGUCCCUGAACUUGAAACUUUCAGAAGCUUUAAAUGAGAUUAAGCUGGCGGAUAAGAGAAAAGAAGAACUCAUAGCUGAAAUAGGCGACUUGGAGGAGAAACUGGGUGGGAAAGACAGGGAAAUUUCAACUCUCACGGAUAUGCAUGUGGCUCACGGGAAUCAGUCAUCAGCUCGGAUAAAAGAAUUAGAGGCACAAGUGAAGGGACUGGAACUCGAGUUGGAAUCAUCUCAAGCACAUAAUAGAGAUGUGGAAGUGCAGAUUGAGAACAAGGCAACUGAAGUAAAGCAGCUGGGAGAGGAAAAUGCAGCAUUACAAGCCCAGAUUUUGGAGCUUGAAAUGAUGUCAGAAAAGAGAAAAAAUGAGCUUUCAGCUUUUGCAAAGAAACUAGAGGAUAAUGAGAAUGUAUCAUUGUCCAGAAUAGAGAAUUUGAAUGAGCAGGUAAACAAUCUGCUUGCAGACAUGAAGGCUUUGCAAUCUCAGAAAGCUGAGUUGGAGGAACAAAUAGUGUUCAAAAGUGAUGAAGCAUCAAGCCAGGUAAAGGGCUUAUUGGACCAGAAAGCUGGGGCGGAAAGAGGGCUUGAAUUCUCUGCUCUAGAGGAAAAACACUCCAUUGUUCACAACCAAAAAAGUGAACUGGACGAGCAGAUAAGAACUAGAAUUGAAGAGAGCAAUCAGUUUAGAGAGGAAAUUGUUGGUUUACAUGAGAAAAUUUCUGAAUUAGAGAAAGCUGCGGCAGAAAGAGGGCUUGAAUUCUCUGCUCUACAGGAAAAACACACCAUUGCAGAGAAUGAAGCUUCUUCUCAAAUAACUGUCCUACUGGAUCAGGUGAAAAUUUUGCAAGAGGAGUUGGAUUCCUUACAGACUCAAAGGAACCAAUUGGAGUUGCAGAUUGAGAGAGAAAAUCAAGAAGCUUCAGAAAGCCUGACACUAUUGGAGAACCAGAAUUCUGAGCUACAGAGCCAAAUCACUGCCCAGCAAAUAAUGUUAAAUGAACAAGGUGAUGCAUACAACAAGCUAACAGAGGAACACAAGCAGAUAGAAAGUCUGUUUCAAGAGUGCAAAGCUACUCUUGAUGUCUCAGAAAGGAAGAUGGAAGAAAUGGCAGAAGAAUUCCAUAAAAACAUUGAAUCUAAAGAUCAAAUGGUAACUGAUAUGAAGCAGAUGGUUGAGGAUCUUCAAAGAGAUUUGGAAGCAAAUGGUGGUGAGAAAGUUGAGUUGAUAAGCCAGAUUGCAGAGCAACAGAGAAUCCUGAAAGAGCAAGAGGAUGCGUUUAACAACAUAGAUGAGGAGUAUAAACAGCUUGAAGUUUCAUUUCAGGACACCAAGGCAAGUCUCGAAGUCAAGGAAAGGAAGAUCCAGGAUUUGGCUGAAGGUCAUGAAAAGAACCUGCAAUCGAAGGAUCAGCUGGUGGCUGAACUGGAGCAGACUGUUGAAGACAUGAAAAGAGACUUGGAAAUGAGUGGAGAAGAAAUCAGCUCCUUGGUUGAGAACGUCCGCAACAUUGAAGUUAAGCUGCGCUUGUCAAACCAGAAGCUCCGGGUCACAGAACAGUUACUUUCUGAAAAGGAAGAGAGCUUUAGAAUCGCAGAAGCAAAGUUCCAGGAAGAGCAAAGAAGGCUUGAAGAAAGGGUUGAAACGUUGUCUGGAAUCAUUGCCAGAAACAAUGAAGCUCAUCACAGGAUGAUUACAGAUAUCUCAGCAACGGUGAACAGCACCUUGACAGGAUUUGAAGUUGUAGUACAGAAAUAUGAAGAAGAUUACAGGAACCAUGAGAGUUUUAUUCUGGAAACAUCAGAAAUACUAAGGGUUGCAAAGACUUGGGUUGUAGAGAUAAAGAGUGAAAACCAGCUGCUAAAGAAGAAGGUGAGUAGUUUGGUUGAAAAAUUACAAGACACGAAGGAACAGGAAUGUGUGUUAAGAGAGAGAGUUGAGGGACUACAGGUGAAGGCAAGCAAGGAAGAAAGAGAAAAGGGGAAUCUGAUGAAAGCCGUUAAGGACCUGGACAAGAAGGUGGAGUUGUUGGAAGCAAUGAUGAAGGAGAAGGAUGAGGGUAUUCUGGGUCUUGGAGAGGAGAAGAGGGAGGCCAUAAGGCAGCUCUGUUUGUGGAUCGAUUACCACCGUAGUCAUUACGACUAUCUCAAGGAGGUACUUUUAAAGACUGCAGGUAGAAGAAGAGAGAGGGCAACCUAGAAGAACUGCCUGAAAUUUUUAGUUCCAGCAUGUUCAUUUGGUUUUGCAUCAAUGCAUUGUGGGUUCUUUUCAAUUAUUUCAAUUGUUUUCUGUUGGUAUUGGUAAGGGGAAAAAACGAUGGUGUAUAAAACUUUGGUUAGAAGCAAUUUUUUUUUUUUUAAUCAUUUUGUCAAUCUGGCAUGUAAAGAAAAGGAUCUAAUAUUA